AUGGGCGACCACGAGAUGGUGACACCCAAAUCCUUGGACCAGCCGUCAGACGAGGCUACAGAAAAGGAUCCUGUAACUCCCGUCGCCGUCGCUUCAGGCCUCAAUGACUCAAAUACGUCUGACUCGCGUCCCGAGUCUCCUUCGGCCGACACGCCACCUAGCGACGCCAAUGCUAAACCACCAGGACCCAUGCAAAAGCGGCGAAGGGUGACCAGAGCUUGUGAUGAGUGUCGGCGCAAAAAGAUCAAGUGCGACGGCAAGCAGCCUUGCACGCAUUGUACCGUGUACAGCUAUGAAUGUACCUACGACCAGCCGUCAAACCGAAGACGAAAUCCCGCACCACAAUAUAUCGAAGCCUUGGAACAAAGAUUGCACAAGGCCGAGUCGAUAUUGCGCUCCGUUCUGCCUGGGCUCGACCUCGACGAUCCCAAGUUCGACGCACGAACUGUUGAGCAGCUGAUAGAAACCUCGUUGACCGCCAGCGCGAAUGCUAACGGCAAUGGCAGAACACCGGCGGAGACUCCGAAAACGGAUGACGAUGCUCAGCUUCAAUCAAUGGUCGACCGCACCGGCACUCUGGAUUUGGAUGAUUACGGCAACUGGGAUUUCUACGGCCAUUCAUCAGGCUAUGUGUUUAUGCGAAAAUUUCGUGCCCAGUUCGGAGAUCAGUUCUUGUACGAUUAUCGACAUUCUGGGAAGAAUCGCACGAUAUCCCAGAUUCUCGAAUCUCCCAAAUCCGCACACUCCUCCCCAUAUGACUUUAAUCUCCCACCAGGCGUGGAUUUACCGCCGAUGGAGGUGGCUAUUGAAUUAUGUCGAAACACCAUCGAUGACUGUUGCGCCUUGAUGCGCCCCCUGCACCGACCGAGAUUUUUCAGCCGAUUGCAUGCCGUGUACGAUACGGACCCGGAGCAGUAUAACAAUGAACAUGUUCAGUUUCUGCCUCUGCUUUACGUAGUCAUGGCUGUCGGUUGCUUGUUUUCCAAGGCUGAGAACGAAAACACCAUGCUCGACCUCAAGGGUUACAAGGAGGCGAUAGAGCAAGGGUAUCAAUACUUCAGCAUGGCAAAGCAAAUGCUGGACAUCACAGACUGCCGAAACUUGGUGACCAUUCAAGCAAUCGUCUUCAUGAUUAUGUUUCUCCAAUCGUCAGCCAAACUCCCGAUCUGCUACGCGUAUAUUGGCAUCGCCCUGAGAGCAUGUUGUCGCUUAGGCCUGCAUCGAAAUUUACCCAACAAAUUCAAUCCCAUCGAGCUGGAGGAACGAAAACGGAUAUUUUGGUUGGUCCGAAAAAUGGACUCGUACGUGGGCGCUGUACUCGGUCUACCACAGAUGUUGAGCGACGAUGAUAUCGAUCAAGAAUUCCCCACCGAAGUCGACGACGACUACAUUACUGAAGAAGGGAUCCAACCUAUGCCAGCCAGUACAUUCCCUCUGUUGAGGGCAACUAAUGCGCAUACCCGAUUGACGAACAUCUUGAGAAAAGUUGUGCGCUACAUCUAUCCCAUCAAGAGCUCCGACAACGCCCAAGCAGAUCACAAAUACAGCAUCAGCCAUAAACGCAUCCGAGAACUCGAACGCGACCUGCAGAAUUGGAUGGAUCAGUUACCGAUGGAAUUGAGGCCGUCGGAUACUGCAUCCCCGCAACUGUCAAGGGUCCAACAACUCCUUCGAAUCUCGUACGCACACGUCCAGAUGAUGGUCUAUCGACCUUUUAUACACUACGUAUCGCAGACAUGCCAGGCGCGGAACGUGGACAAGCGGAGCUUUGCAUGUGCAGCUGCAUGCAUCAGCGUUGCACGAAAUAUUGUACAUAUAACGAGUGAGAUGAAGAAGAGAGGCCUCCUAGUCGGGUCGUACUGGUUUGUCAUGUAUACGACAUAUUUUGCCAUUUUGUCGCUUGUGUUUUUUGUGAUCGAGAAUCCCAACAGUUCCACCAGCAAAGAUAUAUUGAAGGAUGCCGUGGAAGGUCGGGAUACCCUGGCUGCUCUGGCGAAACGCAGUCUCGCCGCGGAUAGGUGUUCUCUCAGCUUAACAGGUCUCUUCGACGUGCUCCCCACAAAGCUGAAAGAACGACGGACUACUCUCGGUUCUACCAACACGAAUUCUCGAAAGCGGCCCCCUCCAGUAAGUGAACCAGGACCAGUUUUACAAGAGAGACAAACAGCGCAGUACAUGGGGACGCCGACCAGCCUGAGGGAAAAUUCAGCAACGCCUUCUCGAGCUAGAACGCUUCCAUCCGAUUUCUUGGCCAAAUUGGCGAAGCGUCAUUCAAUGCCGGAUCCCCCAGUCCUGACAAACUUUGGUGAGGGCGUCAAUUCGGCACAUAUCCAAACACCUCAGUUGAUAGGGUAUCAAAGCCCGACGGUGCCGUCUCCGAUGUCCGCAGGCUUCGAGGUGACGCCGCAGUUGGGCAGUGCCCAGAUUCCGGACCUGAAGAAUGUUAUGUUCCCCAGCGACAAUCCAUUCGCAUACCCGAACCAGCCCAUAAGCACGCUUGAGUCGGUGGACGGACAGUAUGCAUUCCCAGACUCAAGCAUGUCAUCGAACGACGAUGGCUUGUUUGGCACGCCUACGAGCAGAUCCGUCCCGAUCCUCCCUUCGGCGCCGCUGAGCUACGACUUCCCGUUCCGACAUACGACGAACGAAUGCUUCCCACCAUUCGACGCGCAUGACGGGACCUUCUCCGCACCGCUGACGGAUAUAGUCAUGCCAAAGGCCAUUGGCUCUAGCCCCUUGCAUCUUAACGGGAUGCAGCACGUUCAUGAGGCCAUGGCCAUGCAGGACAUCAUUGGUGGGCCCAACCCAGAGGAGUAUUGGGGAGCAGGCCAACAUUUGAACAUGAACAUGAAUGCGGACACGAAUAAAGGGUGCAUGGAAAUGGACAUACAACCUGGUGGUUUGGAUGAGUAUUUCAACUCAGACAACUGGAAUCAUCAGGGCUGGAGGGAGCCAGAGUAUUCCUCCCCCCCAUCCCAUCAACAGCAAUGA